UAUCAGUGCGCGCUCCCGUUGCUGACAGUGCUGUUUGGAGCAGCUGUCGGUCGGAUAGUGUGUGAAGAUCCUCGGACACGGAGACAUGAGUGCAGAGUGACUGGAUUCUUUUGAAAGGAAAAUAAUAAUAAAAAAAUCCUCCCCGGGCUUCAGUUUACGUCACCCCUGCCGCCUGAGCUGGAUUUGUAUUUCAGCCCAUGUUUUCUUUAUUCCUCUUUCUUUAGGCUGGAGUUGCUGGUUAAACUGAGCAUGCUUAUAUCGUUGUCUUUGUUUCAUGUGAGACUUGAUUAAGAUCUCGGGGCUGCAGACCAGACCGCCCGCUUCAAGGAUUGAGAGAGAGGCUAAUCAUCCAGGCUGCAGCCCAACUUUUUUUUUUUUUUCUUUUUUUUUUUUUUUUAUUCCCAGUCCGGUUCAGGGAUGUCUUUGACUCGAGUGGAUUACAUUGCGCCCUGGUGGACUUACUGGCUUCACAAUUUCCCCCACAUCAACCUUAGAUUUCAGCCCACUGACAAGAGCUUCCAGCCGGAAGAUGAGAACUACCAGCAGUCCCUCAUAUUCCUGGGCUGUGUGGCAGCAGCAGGACUCGGCCUUAACCUCCUGUGUUUGGCCGUCUACCUGAGCUUUCUGUGCUGCUGUCGCAAAGACGAAGAAGAGGAAACCAAGAAGCCCAAUUCCUGCUGCGUCACCUGGUCAGCUGUGUCUGCAGGUCUUAUCACAUGCAUCUCUGUGGGUGUGGGUUUCUAUGGCAACAGUGAGACCAAUGAUGGCAUUUAUCAGCUUACCUACUCCCUGUACAAUGCUAACCACACCCUGGGUGGUGUAGACAGCCUGGUGACGGGCACAAUGGGCAACAUGAGGACUGGCCUCCACCAGCACCUAGCAAGGUUGGAUGAGAUCUUUGCCACAAGGGGCGACUACGUGCAGACCUUGCAGUUCAUGCAGCAGAUGGCGGACAAUGUGAUCAAACAGCUGCUGGGGCUGCCCGACUGGGACCAGGCCAAAGUGGACCUGGCGACCAUCGCUGACCAGACUGCAAAUAUAGAGUACUACAGAUGGCUGACCUACCUGUUGCUCCUCAUCCUGGACCUGAUCAUCUGCCUGCUAGCCUGUCUGGGCCUGGCCAAGCAGUCUCGCUGGCUACUCACCACGAUGAUGGUGUUUGGCGUGCUGACACUGAUCCUGAGCUGGACUUCUCUGGGGGCUGACCUCGCUGCUGCUGUGGGCACAAGUGAUUUCUGUGUGUCACCCGACAAGUACGUCAUGGGUCAGACAAAGGGGAUCAUCACUGCAGAUAUUGUCCAUUACUACAUUUACUGCAACCAGACUCUUUCCAACCCUUACCAGCAGCCUCUGACCAUCUUCCAGCGAUCCCUCACCACUAUGCAGAUCCAGAUCCAGGGUCUUCUACAGUUUGCGGUGCCCCUGUUUCCCACCGCUGAGAGGGAUUUACUAGGUAUCCAACAUUUGCUCAACUCCUCUGAGGCAAGCCUGCACCAGCUAACGGCUCUGCUGGACUGCAGGGGGCUCAACAAGGACUACCUGGAUGCAAUGGUGGGGGUGUGCUAUGAUGGCGUGGAGGGCGUGCUAUAUCUCUGCCUCUUCUCUAUCUUUGCUGCCUGUGCCUUUACUGUCAUGCUUUGCGCCAUUCCCAGGGCACUGAGACAAAUCGCCAGCAGAGAACGAGAUUAUGAUGACAUAGACGAGGAGGACCCUUUCAAUCCACGGGCCAGGAGGAUAGGCUCUCAGAACCCCAACCACACUAACAUGCACAGCUUCUGCAGCUAUAGCAGCAGCAUGGGCAGCCAGAACAGUUUGCACCCGCCCGCACCAACCAUCUCCAACCCCCCCAUGUCUGAAUACAUGAACCAGACAGCUCUCUUUGGUGGAAACCCGCGGUAUGAGAAUGUGCCUCUGAUUGGACGAGGCUCCCCACCUCCCUCGAUUUACUCUCAGCCGUAUAGAAAUCCAUACUCACCUACGAUGAGGGCCACUUAUCUCUCCAUGACUGAGGAGCAGAGCAGACACUUUGGAAGCGACUUCCAAGCCUAGGCUUCUAUCUGACAUCUGCGAGGAGGGAACCCGCAGAGCAGGAAGCAGCUGUUGGAUGCAUCACAGAGGACAAAUUUCAACGUCUCUUCAGUCCAGAACUCCGAGCGACCUGUGAGGUUUCAGGCCAAAAGGAAAAAUAAUAAAAGCCAGUGCUGUUCUUCACUACAGUGCCUUUCAAAAGUCAUCAUGCCACUUGAUCUUUUGCAUGUACGUUUUGCACUACAAACAAAAGAUUUAAUACACUUCAUUGGGAUUUUUUUGUAAUAGACCAACACAAGUUGUGACUCACUGGGAAGUAGAGUAAAAAUGACACAAGAUUGUUAGGAUUUUUUGCAAAUACAAAAUGUGUAAAGUGUGGCUUGCAGUUGCAUUCAACCCACUGAGCUAACUUUUUCCUGAAAUUAUAGUUGCAAGUUUUUGGUUUGUGAAGAAGAUUCAACUCUUACAGAUUUCUUUAACAAUGGCUUCCUCUCCCUACUCUUCCUAUAUAGAGACUCCUUUUUGAGGCUCAUAAAUCUUAGGUGAUAUGUUAACAGUAUCUUGAACCUAAGCUGUGGAUGUCUGCAACUCAGAGUAAUUCUCUUCUAGAUCGGUUGGUAGUUGUGUGAUAUUCCUUUCCUUUUCACACGGCUGCGGGUCACUUUUAAAAGCAAUUGAUUACGCUAGGUUUUGUUUAGGGGUAUCAAAAAUAAACAGGGCUGAAAACUGAUGCACACCAAACUUAUUUAUGCUUUUUUUCUUUAUUAAUUUAUUUUUAUUUUAUUUCAACUUCUAAAAUCAUGUAUCAAUUUCCUUCCACUUCAUGACAACACAGUAUUGGUCUAUGACAUUAAAAAAAAACAAUAAUUACAUUGAAGCUUUUGCUUGUAACAAAAUCUGAAGAAGUUCAGUCAGUAUGAGGACAUUUGCUAGGCACUGUAUUUCAAGGUCCUGACUGACACCCUUUCACAUGUUUGAAGUUCUAUCUUAACAUUGCAUUACCUGUCCUAUAAUUGCUCUUUGGUUCAAUUGAUAUCUAACGAAAAGUUCAGAAACAUCUUGAAAUGUUUCUGAACAUUUCAAGAUGUUCAGACCAGAUUAGAUCUGGUCCGAAAGACCAGAUUAGAUACUUUUCAAAUGAAGAUUCUUCUGCUUGUCGCUCUGUGGAGCUUUUUUUUGUCUGACUUCUCACAGCUUACAUCUGGAUAUUUAAAGAUUAGCUCAUAAAAGUAAAAUCUGAAAAACGAAAGAUUUUAUCUCCUGAUAUGCCACGGAGUUGAAAGUUGUGAAGCACAAACCCAGCACUGAAGGCACACUGCAAGAGGUAAUGGUGAAGAGUUUUUUUUUUUUUUUACAUUCUUACACAAGCAAGCUUUACGUUCCAGAAACCGAAAAACUACCUUGAGACCUUCGCUUUUGUAUAUAAUGUGUAAAAUAACAUGCUAUUCUUUUUUUAUUUAGAGUUCUUUAAAUUGUGUGCCAUUUUUAUAUAUUUUUUCUAGUUUUUGUGGCAAUAUCACACAAGAUCACCCUUUUUUCUGUGGUCUAAAACUUCAUUAAUUUUUAUUGUGCAUAUCUAAUACAACCAAUGCAGAUCAUAGUCAGGUAAGGUGUGCUGUUCUGACUAUGAUUAUUAAAAAAUACUGUCCCCCCCCCCCUUUAAAUCCAGCCAUUCAAACAGCACAAUUUUAUUGACUAAUUUUUUGUAAGAAUUUAAUACAGGCAGUGUUGAUUAAUAGUAUUUUUUGUAGCAUGUUACACUGUAAAGGCACUGAGUGCGGUGCUUAAUUUUGUGUCCCAAAACUUUUGUGUCCCAAAACAUGAAGUCUAAUUGUGAGUUGAAUAAACCAGUUUGAGUACAAUGA